AUGCCCAGUAUUAAGAGGAGCCUCAUGGAGCUGGAGCUGCUUCUGGAGGUGUGUGCGGCUCGUGUUCAUCAGGACCAGGACUGUCGGGGCCAGGUGAGACCAGGUGAGCACAGACUCCUAUGGCGUCUGACUCAAUGUGGUGUGGGAGGGGCUGCUGGUGGUGAGGCCUCUGGGAGUCUGAUACUCCUCCUGUGCUCCUGCAGGUGCGAGGCCCCUGAGUGGUUGUUGGAGCCGCAGUGCAGCUGUAGGGGGUGUGUCCUGAUGCUGUGUGUGUUUACAGGCCCUUCUGCUGCUGAGGCCUCCAGGGACCCAAAGGAGCUGCUCCUGUGGACUGAGGACUGUCGCGGGGUGUGUGCAGCUGUGACUCAGGGACCCCCAGAAGUCCCCCUGCCUCAGGGACCCCCAGGAGCCUCAGAGCAUGGACGACUCUGGCUUCAAUAA